AUGACUACCCGAAUCAACCAUAAUUUCAAGCAUGUUGAGCUUAGUUAUGACAAAGAGCCGAAUUUACAGCCCUGCAUUAAAGUGUCGGUCUUCUUCAAGAAGCUAGAUUCAAUUUCAUACGACACUUUUUUCGAGCACUGGCAAACCGUUCAUGCAGACCUUGCCGUUGCAACACAGGCAUUUCAAGCACAUAUUCUCCGAUAUGUCCAGCACCACCAGACACCAGAGAUGAAAGCUCGAGCUCAAAGCCUCGGAGAGAACGUUCUCGAUUACGACGCUUGCGCCCAGCUUUGGGUACGGACCUGGGAUGAUUGGAGGAAAUUUUACACAAGUGAAGAAUAUGCUGCUGCCCUGAGUGAUGACUGCAAUCUCUUUAUGAAACUUCCUAUGACAUAUAUGGUCGGGGAAGAGAAUCUGGUCGUGGGCGAAUCUCCGAAGGAUCUCGGCGGUAAAGAUGGAUUGCAGCUCCACCUAUAG